UGUAUCUGAUGUUACAGUUAACAUUUGCUUUUUGUGGUUUCUGGGAUAAUAUUCAUGUGCUGCGCUAACGUUGAAUAGAAAAAGUUGCAUUUGAGAAGCAGAACAGCAGAGACUGGCAAAAAGCCACCACUGUUCUGAUAUAACGCAUCUAGUAAAUAUUUGAUGACAGCUUGAAUUAUAAACAUGAAUCGAUAAUAUUGCAGAGCAUCUGUUUCCAUUUAUUCAUAAGUAGGGGUUUUUUUCUCCCUCAUUUUUGACUACAGAUAAGCCUAUUUGCUGGGGCUGUGAUAGCGCACAUGUCGCUGCUGUUUCAUCAUGAAGUCUAAAGAGAAUAGGGCAUCGGCUUUUGUUACCAGGAAGUGGGUCGCGUUAUUUAUAUUUCAACACUUGCGAGACCGGCGUGAAGGCGCGCUGGUAAUACGAAACUUACAAUAUCGUUCUGGAUCUUAUACGAUUCGCCGGAAUUUAUGAGACUGACCUGGAAUGAUGUUUUGCCACUAAGGGUGCAUGGAUAUCUACAUCAAAUCAACGGAAAGACAUUGACAAAACUCGCGCCAGGACACGGCUGCACGCCAGGUGGCGUUGUAAUGAAGAUCCAUGAGAAGAUCCUAACCCAUUACCUGUCCUGCACUUCACCUGUCGAUAAAGAAGGAUAUCUUUACAAAAAGAGGGAGAGGAACACCACUUACCUGCGCCGCUGGUUUGUGUUGAAGGGGAAUCUGCUGUUUUAUCAGGAGCGUCCGGGCGACCGUAACCUCUUGGGUGUGAUUGUUCUGGAGGGCUGCAUGGUGCAGGCGUGUGAGACAGACGGCCAGUUCUGUUUCUCUUUGGUGUUCACGGGACCAGGCCUCCGCACGUACAGACUAGCCGCUGAUGACCAUCUCAGCCAGGAGAGCUGGAUCGGGGCUCUGUUCUGCGCUAGUCACAUCUACCUCUCUUUAAUUGUCAGAGACCUGGAGAGACGCUACGAAGAAGCUAGAAGAGACAAAGGCCUUUGUGACUCCAUCCAGACCUCGGCAGUGACUUCUGCACCCAAUAAGAUAAUGGCUUCCUGGAACUCAGGACAACCCUAUUUCGUACAUGGGACUUCCAUAGUGCCCAGAGAUGGGCGUAGCUACAGCACCAGUGCUGUACCACCUCCAUCUACUCAGAACAGACCCAUCGGUUACAGUCUUCAUGCCCCUCCUAUUCAAUUCAAGACUACCAAUAAGCGUUCUCCAAAGCUCUGGCCCAAGAGAAAUGCCCAUGUCACACCCUUAAAUGGUCCGGCACCAUCUUAUGGGGAGUGGCCAGCUGUGAACUUCGAUCCUUUGGAAGAGUUUAGUAAACUGCACGAGUACUAUGGAAAUGAGAUUAAGCAACUAAGAGCUGACUGGCUGAAGAAGAAGCGAGAGGAAAUGGGACAUGUCGAGGAGGACCUCAUUGAUCUCGGCUAGAGCAACAUCUGAGACUGUCACAUCUAUGCAUUUGUUCAUGUUGUUGUUCAAAUAGGGAAAACAAUAUUCUGAAACAAUAGAUUGAUGAAUGUAUUAAGAUGCAGUACUAGUAUAAUCCUGCUGUCGUCUUUAUUUUAUGAAGGCACUGACAGAGUCUGAUCUUGUGGCGUUUUCUGAUAUAAAAAAAAAAUUAAUUUCCUCUCUGUGGUCUCUCAGGCUAGUUCCUUCUCACUUGACCUGUCAUAAAGUAGACCCAGGCCACCGGUAGUUAACAUUUUUUAUGUGCAUACAUUUAUGAUGGCAGAAAUUCAUAUUGCACCAAAGUACUUCAUAUAGAGAUUAGAGAUGACAUGUGGAGCUGUAAAUGCAUGAUAAUAAAUUCGUAUUUUAAUUUAUUGCAACGUCUUUUGAGAUACAUACUGAGAGAGCCUACUUAAUAAUGUUAUCUUGAGAAGAGGGCGACACAAGUGAUUGUUCAGUUCAGAUUUACAGAACUUGUUUCAUACGGUUCAGGAGGUUUCAUAAAUAAACUGAAAUACACGCCCUUUAUAUUCUUCCUCUUUCACAACAUCUCAGUUCUUUGGGGAUGUAGAUGUGCCUUUUUUCCUUUUAGUUUCUACUCAACACAGGAACGUUAAACAUUAGAAGCAACAGUUAUUUAUUACAGUCAUAUCAGUAAGCAUCAAUACAAACUGUUCAGUUCUGUAUGCUAUAGGUCACCAGAGGACUGUAUUCAAACAUGCUUCAGGCACAGCAGUCACUAGCUGCUUCACAACUGAUAUUCUAUUAUUUAAUGUUCUAUAGAUAAUUGUAUAUGGACAUCAGCAAUGUUUUGUUUUUUUGUAUAAAUGUUUUAUACAUUCGCAGUUUCUAUGACUACCAUGCUUUUGUCUUAAAUUUAGUAUAAAUCAGUUUUGUUGUAAUAUAUUUGACUUUCGAUGCUAAUUUAUUUAGCGAUAGAUUUGAUUGUUUUAUGUAGUAUUUAUCCUCGAAUGUAAUGUAAAUUGUAAUCAAUUUUGCAAAAAUACAUUUAAUUGAAUGCUUGUUUAAUUUAGUAAGUUACAUUUUGAGUGUAUUUCAGCACUGCAUAUUGCACAGCAUUAGUACAAAUAUUUUUAAAUCAAUGGGUUUGUUUGGUUUAUUUUACUGUACCCUAUUAAACUCUUAUUGUGAACUAUUGUUUACUGUAUCAAAAAAAUUGAAUAAAAAUCCUAAUAAAUUA